CCUGGUUCGCAGGUUACGACCUUCCUUGUAAGGAAGAGAAGGACGUCGAGCGCAUGCGAGAGCUGCGAAGGCAGGGGAAGCCGUUUUUUCACCAGCCGGAUUUCCCCAAGAUCGACGAAUACAAAGAUACGGCGGCGAAAGAGGUGCAGAGGCUAAUAGACAAUGGCAAGGCCAUUAGUUGGGGCUUGGACAAACCGCCGGGCCUGUCCAAAGCUCCGG